CUAGGUGACUUGUCUACUUCAGUUUGCCAAGUUCGACCCUCUCUCUCUGCCUGUGUUUGGUUGUUUCAAUCAUGGAGAAAUAAAUUAGAUUCCUCCAUGUUUUAAUCAACAUCAUAACGUGUGCUGUUUGCAUGCCGUCGAGUGCGAUGUAAUAACUGUCGCACUCUCUACUCUACUCUUAUUGCCGUUGCUCGGAUUCAGGUAAAUCGCAGUUGGCAACCCGGAGUUGGGAUUUGCUUUAUCAAUAGCGAGAACAAAUCGAACUCAAAUCUGAUGUGAGUUUGUGAUAACGCCACCUGUAACAAUAGAUUAUAACAGCUUUGGUGGAUAGAGAAAUAAUAAGUCGGUUUAACUGGUGAUGAGACAACGCAGUUCUGAAGCUACCUUGCACAUUCUGAGGAUGUAGUUCUACUGCUACUGACACCAUCGUCAAAACAAAGACUCUUGAUGCAACUGUGGAGUGAUGCGAUACUUCUGAACACAAAAGCAAAGACCUGAAACACAAGCACCACCCAUGCACGUAUACGUGUGCUAGCGUGUUCUCUUUGUUUCUCACGUGAAUAUACCACCAGACAUAAUGACGGACGGCCAGGGCAGCACGGAGCGUCACUACCGACGAUUGUUAGAUAAACUGAAAUCCCGCUCGAGUCGCAUCUUCGUGAAGGCACAGAUGCAGAACCGAACGCAGGAGACGAAGCUGAAAACAGUCGUCAAGAUUCUGGAGAAAGAUCGCGAUUUGAGGAUACGGAAGGCGCACGAGGGAAUUUGGAAAGUGACCGAUAAGGCUUGCCCGGUGCCCAGGUUGGAGAAGACAGAGGGCUUGCCGUCUUAUCUGUCGUCACGGCCCAGAGCAACCACAUUACCUACCCCGGGCGAGCUAGCCUCCCUCCUACCCAAAAAGCGGGUCAUCCAACGGCAGUGUUCGGCAGAGCCAAUCAGAGAAAACCACCAACCGCCUAAAGAGUAUAGCAGAAUCUCUAAAAGGAAACUGUCUACAAUGACCCCUGACCAGGUUCAGAUUAGACACUAUCGAAAGGUUCUGAACGACUGGGAACAAAGACUAGAAACAACCGGAGAAGAAACGGCUGAGAAACCGGAAGUAGGAGACCAUGUCGGAGGACUGGGUGCGUUAGAGGGUUCUCAGAAGGAGGCAUCCCAAAAGAAACCCAUCGAGACAGACGGGUUCUCUACGGUUGCUGAUAGUUCCGCAGCCGAGGAGUCAGUCAGAAUGGUGAUGAGGAAAUUAGGUAUGCGCCCUCAAUCGAGCCCCUUGUAUUAUUCCUCUCAGAGAACCAAACCAAGGAAAAAGCGCCCUCAGACGAGCAUCGGGACUCAGUGUGACACAAUCAUCGAACAGAAAUACGAAUCCAAAAGUAAAGUACUGAAAACCAACUAUCUGGAUAUGUACAAAAUGCAGAUGAAAAACCACGUGACACGCAUGAAAACAAAGGGUGUGAUGCCAGCACCUUCAAUACGCGUGGAUGAAAGUGCACAACAAAAGCCCGCCAAAUCCACAGCAGGGAUGUCCCGUGCCACGACGCCCUCUAAAUCGCCAAGUAAGUUCGCAGCAGCCCCGUUCAUCCCCGAAACGCGCGGUAUCAAAACGCCCGCCAAAAUGGACACGCGCUCCUCCUCAACGUUGAUGCAACAGACCGCUUCGUCCUCCUUGCGCAAGACUCCCCGAAUGCGCAGGGCCAGCAAGCAGCUCAUGAAUAUGUCUGCCUUCGAUCAACUUCACGACGAGGUAAAACAAAUACAAUCCUACAGGGGUUUUAGGCGAGAAUCUCUGCAAGUGGACGACCCAGACGUGGCCAACAUGGACGACGUUGAAGAUGGAGAAUUGUUUGAGGAGAUGAAACGAUGUCGGUACAUUCGAUGGACGAAAGAUGACGAAGCAAUAAUUGAAGAAAUGAACGAAAAUGAACCAUUGCAGAGCCAGCUUGCUUUAUUGACUCUCAAAUAUACACCGGAGAAAACUCCAUCGAAGAAAAAAACUGCAUGGGAAACCAUGCAAAGUGAUGUGAAUUAGAUGAAAGUUUAUUUUUAAAAAGGAAGGUAUAGACCAUGUGAACUCUGUUUACAGCAAGUGUGACCUUGUA